CCCAUUUAACCCAAAACUUUACUCCUCUCUUCACCGGAAACCUGACUUUGUUGCCGGCAAAUUUUUUAUCGCCGGAAAGUCUCACACUCUCAUAAUGAUAGCUCUCAGUUCGCCCAUUUAAGUGUUUAUUUGUUUUUCUGUAAUUAACAUUAUCUGCUGCCGGAGCGUUUGUACUUGAUUUUCUGCUAGAGAUCCGGAUUUGAGAUUCAUUGGGCUAUAAUAGAGAGGAAGCUGGGAGAUGUAUGUGGUACCUCCUCCGAAACGAUCCGAUCCAUUAUCUGGAUCCAUGAAUGGGUCGGAUGAUUUACGGAUUUACCAGGCAUGGAAAGGAAGCAAUAUAUUUUUCUUUCAAGGAAGGUUCAUAUUUGGGCCAGACGCAAGAUCACUAGCACUGACCAUGUUUCUCAUAGUGGCCCCUGUCUCAGUUUUCUGUGUCUUUGUUGCUAGAAAGCUGAUGGAUGAUUUUUCAAAUCACCUGGGGAUAUUGAUUAUGGUUGUAGUCGUUGUGUUCACAUUCUAUGUUUUAGUUCUACUCCUUCUCACAUCUGGAAGGGAUCCAGGAAUAAUUCCUCGUAAUGCACACCCUCCAGAACCAGAAGGUUAUGAUGGUACUGCGGAAGGUGGUGGACAAACUCCUCAAUUACGUUUGCCCCGCAUUAAAGAAGUUGAGGUUAAUGGCAUUACCGUGAAGAUCAAAUACUGUGACACCUGCAUGCUCUAUAGACCUCCCCGUUGUUCUCACUGCUCAAUCUGCAAUAACUGCGUUGAAAGAUUUGACCAUCACUGCCCUUGGGUAGGGCAAUGCAUUGGGCUGCGAAACUACCGUUUUUUCUUCAUGUUUGUCUUCUCUACAACACUUCUUUGCAUAUAUGUUUUUGGUUUCUGCUGGGUCUACAUCAAGAGAAUCAUGGUUCUAGAAGACACAACCAUAUGGAAAGCAAUGAUCAAAACACCUGCCUCCAUUGUUCUGAUAGUAUACACUUUUAUAUCAGUGUGGUUUGUUGGAGGUCUUACAGCUUUUCAUCUAUACCUCAUAAGUACUAAUCAGACUACUUAUGAGAAUUUUAGAUACCGGUAUGAUUGGCGUGCCAACCCCUACAACAAAGGAGUGAUUCAGAAUUUCAAGGAGAUAUUCUGUACUGUGAUUCCUCCAUCCAAGAACAAUUUCCGUGCAAAGGUGCCCAGGGAACCCAAGAUGCCAAGUCGAUCUGCAGGUGGGGGUUUUGUGAGUCCAAACAUGGGAAAGGCUGUGGAGGACAUAGAAAUGGGCAGGAAAGCGGUUUGGAGUGAAGUAGGGGGAGGAGUGGAUAAUGAAGGACAAUUUAGCGACAACAAUAUCCUGAACGUUAAAGAUGGUGUGUUAGGCCAGAUGUCUCCCGAGAUAAGAACUACGGUAGAUGAGGCUGAUCGUGCAGGAAUACAUCCUAGAGGAUCCAGUUGGGGAAGGAAAAGUGGAAGCUGGGAGAUGUCGCCUGAAGUUCUUGCUUUGGCAUCAAGAGUGGGAGAACCUAAUCGAACCGGCGGGAGUAGCGGUGGUGGCUUUACAACAGCCCGACCAACAGAUCAAAACUUGUGAUUAACAGAUAGUAUGAAACUGGAUUGAAUAGAUUAGUGGUUCUUGGAGGUGUGAUAUGUGGUCAUUCAACUUGCACGAAAUGUUGUGUAUUAUCUGGGCCUUUGGGACUCUGUGUUGACGGGUGUGAAGAUGUUGCUCUGGUUGUUGGCUUUAGGAAGUGAACUGUUGUGUGAUAUGAGCGGUGCUUUUCAUUCUUAAACUUGUAUUCUAUGUGUGGAAUAGUUAGUGUAAUAGCUUUCAUCAGCGUGUUGUUAUGUUCAUAAACUUCAUAUUUACCAACACAUGCACGUGUACAAACUUUACUGUGUUGUCUUUUCAGCAGUUUAGGUCUAGAGCUGCUUCUCUUGUAACAUCAGAUGCCGGUUCCUUCUGUGCACCAGGCAAUCGGAGUUUGAAGAGUUGUUUCAAAUGUUCUUGCAAUCUAUGCCUCUACGAGGCGAUUGCAUGAGUAGUUAAAGUAAAAAGAAUGGUUGAAGUAAUUUAUACAUAAAUUCUUGGAGCUUAUUAGUAAA